AUGUGGUUUAUGUUGUCGGUGAAACAAAUCCUGCUAACCCUCGUUUGCCUGGGGAUUCUUAGCAGAUGGCAGUCGCCGCAGGGUACCCUAUUGUUACCCUCCUUGGUUGCUUCCGCGGAGAAAGUAAACACACCGGCCUUCGUCACCACUUCUGCGGCACUUCGUAGAACUUCAAAGGGUGAUGAAGACACCAACAAAGAACACAAGUAUCGCGCGGUGCUGAAGGAGGAACAAAAGAGUAUUGACUCACCAGACAAACCAGAUGACGCCAGUGUAGCAGAAACAACUUCAGAAGGAGACACUAUACCUGAUGAUCUUUCUACGGUUGGCUCUUCAUCUGAAAUUACAUUACAAAACGAGUGUUCCAGUGCCAUGGCACAUAUCGAAGAACUCCUAUUACGCAACGGUUCAUCAAAAGACAUAACCAAUAAACAUGUCGCUCUAAACACACUCAGGUUAAUUGUUCAAACUUAUCCAACCUGCAUUAGAAAACUACAACAGGAGACAAUCGAUGCAUUUUCGGAACUCCUACAGCAACGCUUUAAAAGGAAUUUUUGGCAGCGCUUGCGCAGCUGCCUAGGGCGUCAAACUCCAUUGAAACUGCACAGACGCGCAUUAAUCGAGGCCAAUGUUCUAACCAUUUUACUAGAAAUUUCAAGGCGUAAUGCAAAGCUACGGAAAUACAUGGCGCAAAACAAAAACUUAAGGAAUACUUUGCUGAGAAUAUAUUUCUCAGGAUACAAGGGACGCAAGAAAGGCGAUGCUUCGGAGGGGAAGGCGAAAAAACACUCUGAAACUGCAACUGACAACUCGACGGGGGACUCCACCGAUAAAGACCAGGGACAUAACACAGACACACAUAAAGAUGCAAUCAGUCAAAGCGACGACACCAAACAUUCGGUAUGGAGUGCCAAAUAUUUGGUACGCGAGCUAUUCCGAAGCUUCGGAUACGCAAACUACAACUCAAUUGUGUCCCAAUAUGAAAAAUUACGUGCUACCGCGGGACUAGGAGAAAAUGCGUGUUACGAUGUACAAAACUUUAUCAUGCGAGAUAAAACCGAUAAUGAGGAUUCGACAACAAACGAUGAGUUGGAGGAGUCGCAAACCUCCAACUCAGAAGAUAGUUCCUUGAACGGUGACGAUUCGCAACUUUUAUGGGUACCAUAUUGCCUUGCGGAUGAUGCCGAUCCAGUGAAGGCACUGAGGCGCAACAUGCGUAUUAAUUUGGGACCUGAACUUGCGGAAUCUGUAAAUUUAGACGCCCUUUGUGAACUGACUGUAGACAAGCAUGAAAGCCCCAAGGAACCCUUGACAUUCGGUGUGGUAGUCUUAUGCAAAGCCACAGCAUCAGGUGCAAUCAGCUGCGCUCCGAAUAUACCCUCACCUGCGGAUGCCAGCACAACACCACUGACAGCAAAAGGAGGCGAAGAAUAUAAGGUGGUAUCAAAUAUCAUAUUAGGCAGAUCAGAGCUUAUUAAUGGUGUAAAAUUGGCCACACAACUGAUGCAACAGCUUGUGCAUACCGAUACUUUGUAUGCUGCUAACGAUAUCAUCAGCGAGCUGUGGACCUUGGUUGCAUCAGGAGACACUGAGGUCAUCGAAGUGGUACAUCAGAACCUCGACCUUGACUUUUUAACAGAUGUACUGAAUCGCACGUUGUUGUUUAGCGAUGUUGAUGAUCUAGAUGUUGUUCCACCUGCGGAUGAAGACGAAAAAUCAAUAAUUGCCAAAUUUUUUGUCGUUUUUAGAAACAUUUGGGGAUCUGUAAAACGGUGCAUGAACAAGGUUGUACCUGUUAAAGAUUCCUUAAAUUGCAAUAGAUUUUUAACUAAUGAAUUUGGAACUACGGAUGUCUUUAAGACAAACAAUGAUGAUUCCACGGGAAGCAUUCCACCUUCAUCAUCCUCAGAGGAGGAAGCGUCAGUGCUUGCAACAUUGGCAAAUGCUAAAAUCGCUAGGCGACUACAAACCGCAAUAUUUGGACUCCUUAUCGACAUGGUAUAUUUCCAUGGAGCACGCAGUUUGGCGACGAUUACGAAAUGUUCUGCAUUUGUAGAUGCAAUGAAGGCAGUGAGAGAGACGUUCCCUGAGCCCGCAAAACUAAUACAGGCAGUGGAUGAACACAACAAACGUGUGGCACCUCUGGUUGACCGUAGGCGCUUCGAUCCUCGCAAGAAAACCAGUGCGAUUCGUAGACCCGUACUCAACGUUGACCAGACUACAAUGGAAAACCUACGGUGGCGUGAUCGCGACGAAUACGGUAAUCCAGAGAUGCCUUACUCCCAAUGGGAAGAAGAGAGUUGGAUGAGACAACGAACUGUGCCUACCUCGGCAUUAGGACCCUUCGUCAACGGUCAUAAACUUUUGAAUAUGCUCGGACACCACGAUCAAACCCGAAUAAAGGGACGUGGUCUACGUAUUCUUAGCAUUGACGGAGGGGGUUCAAAGGGUGUGGUAACUCUGGAAAUUCUUGCGGAAUUAGAAGAGAAGUUAGGCAAACCGCUUUACGAGGCAUUCGACUUCAUUGUUGGAACGUCAUGUGGAGGGAUUAUAGGUGCGCUUCUAGCACUGGAAAGGUCACGGGUCUCUGAGAUACAGACACAUUUCGACAAAAUGCUGGCGGAGGUCUUCAAAACCGAUUCCUACCACAGCAGAGGGAAACGUAUGAUCACUCAACAUGCUUACUACGACGAGAAAGUGCUAUAUAAUGUGUUAAAGAAGACUUUCGGACCAUCUGAGUUAAUCGACUAUUCUGUUGAUCCAGAUUGUCCCAAAUUCUGCUGCCUUUCUGUGCAAUUCGACAUCUACCCCUUCAAGCCCAUAGUAUGGCGCAACUACAAUUACCAUCCAAAAUUAUCAUCGGUUAAAAACGCAUCCAAGCUUCAUGAUGGGUCAUUUGCUAUCGGUACAGCGGAUGCACUUCGUGCGACCACUGCAGCGCCUACAUACUUCCCUUUGAUGGAAGUAAACGGAGCGUUAUAUGCCGAUGGUGCACUAUACGCAAAUAACCCGAGCAUGGUCGGUCUUAUCGAAGCCACGUUAGCGUACCCGGAUAUUCCGAUAGAUUGUAUGGUCAGUAUCGGUAACGGUGACUGGCACGAAGAUAUCUUCCCGGGAGAAAGUAAAGACAUGGUGGAGCGCGUGAGUGCUAAUCUAGGUGAAAAUAAGGAUUGCCUCCUUGAUGUGGUGGCUGAUGUCAUCGAUGCAAAAGAUGUUAUACUUAACUCACCAGGCACGCCGCCUAAAUGCCCAUCACCCUCGGUAGGACUGGAAAGGAUGCUCCAACAUCUGAUAUUCUCUGCUACAGACACCGAGAUGGUGCAUCUAUCGCUGCAAGAGCUCAUGGACAAGAACAAAUACUUCAGGAUCAACCCGCCGAUCCCGCUCGUGGGUAUGGCGGAGGUGGACCCUGAGGUGUUGUCCGACAUCAAGGAGAGGGCACAACGGUUCAUGGCUGAAAAACAACAGCAGGAUGUUCUAAAGAAAAUAAGAGAGGUAAUGCUGCCUAAGGCGGAGGUAAAGUCGGCCAAAGCGUCGAAAGAUUCGUAA